AUGGGCAAGAAGGCUGGCGGGGGCAAGAAGGGCAAGGGGGGCAACCCUGGCGUCGGCAUUGACUUCAAAAAGGUCAAGCACAAGGUCGGGAAGAAGCUGCCCAAGGCCCAAAAUGAGACUCGCACAGACUUCCAGGCCCGCGCCAUCAACCUGCCCAGCCAGAGCGUCACUGUGGACAAGGCGGGCGCGGCCGUCACAAGCCGCAACCUCACGAUACAGUCCAACUCACUCCGUUAG